UAUAUGGGUCAACAGAAUCUAUCCAUACCGACUGAAUUCAUUUUAAUGAGAGUCACAAAGCGACCUGAGCUGCAGUUCCCACUCUUUGGCCUCCUUCUCAUCAUCUACAUGAUUACACUGAUGGGCAAUCUGGGCAUGAUCAUCUUGACCAAGGUGGACUCCCGCCUACACACACCUAUGUAUUUCUUUAUCAGAAACUUGGCCUUGAUUGAUCUUGGUAAUGCUACUGUUAUUUAUCCCAAGGUGUUAGCAAGUUUAGCUUCCAAUCAAUAUGCCAUUUCCUAUUAUGGAUGUGCAGUACAGAUGGCCAUCUACCUAGUGUGUAUUAUCUGUGUACUCUAUGUUCUGGCCGCCAUGGCUUUUGACCGUUUUGUGGCCAUCUGUAACCCUCUGCUCUACAAUGUCAUCAUGUCUCAGAGACUCUGCCAUGUGCUCGUGGGCAUUCCAUACCUCAUCAGUAUUUUUCAGUCGGUGUUCAUCACCAGUAAGACUUUCACCUCAACCUUAUGUGGUACUAAUGUGGUCAGUCAUUUCUACUGUGAUGGUGCUCCCUUUAUGCUUUUGCUCUGCUCAAAUGCCCGAGAAAUUGAACUCAUAAUCAUCACUUUUUCAGGAUUUAAUGUGAUUUCCACCCUUGUAGUCAUUCUCACGACCUAUGUGCUUAUACUGAAAGCCAUAUUUCGAAUGCAUUCCACUGAGGGAAGGAAGAAGGCUUUCUCCACCUGUGGUUCUCACCUGACGGUGGUGGUUGUGUUCUAUGUGUCAUUGUUAUAUAUGUACCUCCAGCCUGAAUCUGCUCACUCUUCUGAUAAUGAAAAAAUAGCCUCUGUGUUUUACACUUUAUUCAUCCCCACGCUUAACCCAUUCAUAUACAGCUUAAGGAACAAAGAGGUAAAGAAUGCUUUUUUUAUGCUCUGGAAGAGUUUGUGUAGGAUUGGUGUCAGUUCUUCCUUGAGUGCUGUAAACCCAUCUGGUCCAGGGGAUUUUUUGUUGAUAAUACCUUGA